CUCGAGGUGAGUAUCGGGGUGCCUCACCUUAACACCUCAAAGCAUUCGUGUGAUCGUGUCCGUUCCUCGUGACAAGUCAACCGCCUUCAAGACAGGCCUCUACAGGCGCAAUAUUUUGAAAGUUGGGAAAGCUGGAGCAAAGAAAUGGAGCGGGUAUGCCAACCACGAAUACACUUAAAAUGAUAAGUCGUAAGGUGGAAAGGGAAGGAAAGGUCGGAUUCGCUUCAUCGACUACUCAAUUACCAGUCAUCGUCUUGUCGCUCACAGUCUUUCGAAGGGUUGGCUGAGAAUGUUCGAGACCAGUAUCAGCUUUAGGAAUGGCAGAUGAGCAGCUCCUGGACAGGAUCCAGGGUCUAAGCGACCUCGAACUGGCAGCUCUGCUCUGCCUUGUGGCUCGCGAACACUGCCUCAUCAGCACAGAACCCGACAGUGUUGACGAGCUUGCUGAGGAAUUGCGCCUGGUCGCCUCCAAGACCUUCAACCUCAGCUCCGCCAUCGUCAGCUGCCACGCUCACACAACCCUUGACGAGUUCGCAACUGCCCUGCUGGUGAAUCCUCCCUCCCGAGCACCGUCGUCGCCAGCCGAUACACGCUCUGCGUCCCCCUACCAUUUGCGGCAUGACCAAACCCAAUUCACGACGGCGAGGGCCUCAUCCUCGGUCGGAUCCUCCUUUCCGUUCCCGCGAGCUCCGCGCACAGCUCCGGUCUCGCUAUCCCCUCGCAUUGGCGAAGCGAUAAGCCCAUCGUCGCCCGCACUUGGCGCUGGCUCCGGUAACUCGCAGGCCUCACAAGCAGCACAACAACCACGAAUUGCCAACGUCGUCCUGGCAAAGGAUCUCAACAAGGCCCCUCGCGCCGUCCAGAUCCAAGCACUUGAGCUACUUCGCACGCGACGCAUCUUCACGCGCACCAACGUCCAGGCCGCUCCAAAGCAAUUCCUUUUCAUCGCUCUUGUAGGCGCCGGGAGUGGUGGAGAGGCGCGGGUAACGCCGCACCUGAACGACUUCUUCUACCUCGCUCAUUGGCAUGAUCCAGAGGAGGAUGGGUUCCCGUACUUGGACGAGGAGUUCCGACAAGGACCAAGACAUGGCGACUUUGAUGACGAUGACGCAUCGACAACCUCGAACAGCAGCGUGAUCAAACGGGGCUCCUCGUCUCUCGGAGCGGUAGGAUUAGGGGUAGGACUCGCCGAUAAGAGGCUGCCGCUUAGCGACAACAGCAACAUCAACAUCAACAACAGCAGCAGCAGUAGUCCCAGCAGCAACAGCAACAGCAACAGCAACAGCAACAGCAUACCCAUGCCCACUGCCUUUCCACACCAGUACCAACACCAACACCAAUACUCCCACCGAGCCCCAACAGCAUCCAUAACAGAAGCACCCCAGCCGCAAGACCCUCCCUUAAUCACAGAAAGCGACAUAUCCCUCCUAGCCCAGCUAAGCCAGCAAGCGCACGUCGACGUGGACGUGACGCGCUACCAGAUGAACCUGGUCUGUUUUCUGCGCAUGCACCGCGCCGUGGCGGGCGGCGUCUCGCCCGCCGCGACCAAGCACCUCGAGAGGCUCUCGCGGAGCCUCGCGCCGCUGCACGGGCUCGACUACGUCACCCCGUCCCUGGUGGCGCUGGCGGCCAAGAAGGUCUACCUCCACCGGCUACAGCUGGUGCCCGUGUCGGCGCCCGAGCGGGAGCGGAGCGUGCAAUGGGGCAGCGACCCGGCCGCCGUCGCGGCGCUGCUCGAGGGCGUGGGGCCCGAGGACGUGAUUGAGGAGGUGCUUGGCAUGGUUGAGGUGCCCGGCUGACUGUGCAUGGAGGAUUCCGGUGGGGUUAUCAAGGAGGACCGUUUGGGAAGGGAAUCUCUAUAAGGAAGAAUCUUUUCGGACGCGAAUAGAUUAAGUAGCCUGUCGUCUCAUCAAGCAGGCAAGAAUAAUAAAGAAUAAGACAUAGAGCCAGGAUGGUAGUACGGUACAUACAAUGUCCCUGAUUCCGGUUUCUAAGGUAUUAGUGCCUGUCCUACGUAAUAUCAUAUAGUGCUCUGCUUUCCUCUCCUCCCAUUUUUCGUUCAUGACGGGACUGGGAACAGUCCCUGUUACCGCAUAAAG